GUAAAUAGCAACCGGCUCUGAACAACAACCCAUGGUCCCGAUGCAGAUGCAGAUGCAGAUGCAGAAGCAAGUUCCCUCGAUGAAGGCAUACGGCUGAUCCACAUGUGCCAAAACUGACCUUGUUGUCACUCAGAAGCGAAAUACAGUAACUGGCGGUGUCGCAAGUGCCCGCUAUUACGUCGAUUUCAACCCAAUCCAAUACAAUUACCACUAACCUUACCACCACUACCCGGUCCAUCUCCGCCUCUUCAGCCCAGUGCUAAGAUUCCAGUUUCGCUACAUACCCAACACCGCUCAGCCCGGCCCAGCCCAUCUCAGCACAGCAUAGCCUUUCUCGUUUCGGUCAAGGAGAGACAGUGUGCGACAGGUGCAUGGUAGCCGACCACCAAACAUGUCUUUCUUAUUCGGCAGAGCCCGAACCAGGACCAACACACUCGACCUGUCCAAGCAGGCAAAGGAGCAUGUGACAAAGUUGGACGUUGCCGGAAAGGCAGAGGAACUCGCCAAGGUCCUUAGCCAGAUGAAACUUAUACUACAGGGCACACCAGAAUCCGAUAGCACACCGGAACAAGUGUACCAAUUGGUCCAGGGGCUCAUUGAAGAAGACCUGCUCCUGCUGCUUGCUCAGAACCUGUGGCGCCUACCGUUCGAGUCGCGAAAAGACACCCAAGUCAUAUUCUCAUACGUUUUCCGCUUCCGACCACCGACCGCCUCGCCAAAGACGGACCCCGUCGCCCUCAGCUACGUCGUGAACAACAAGCCCCAAGUACUGCUGGAACUGUGUCGCGGGUACGAACACAAGGAAAGCGCAACGCCCGCCGGUUCGGUUCUGCGCGAAGUGUUGAAGAACGAGGCUGCUGCCGCCAUCGUCUUGUUUGACGAUGGAGAAGAGUUGGGCUCAAGUACAAAAGGUGUCACCGCAAUCGAGAGAGACCGUCUGCAGAGCGGCAACGGCGUGUUCUGGAGGUUCUUCGACUGGAUCGACAAGAGUUCCUUCGAGGUCGCAGCAGAUGCGUUUACUACGUUCCGGGAGCUCCUUACUAGGCACAAAGAGCUCGUCCCGAGGUACUUAUCAGUAAACUUCGAGCUGUUCUUCGACAAGUACAACCACAUUCUUGUUCAGUCCAACAGCUACGUAACCAAGCGUCAGUCGAUCAAGUUGCUCGGCGAGAUAUUGCUCGACCGUUCCAACUACAACGUCAUGACAGCAUACGUUGACCGCGGCGAGCACCUCAAAAUAUGCAUGAACCUCUUGCGCGACGAUAGGAAGAUGGUUCAAUACGAAGGCUUCCACGUCUUCAAGGUUUUCGUGGCAAAUCCGCAUAAAUCCAUAGCCGUUCAAAAGAUCUUGAUCAUGAACAGGGAUAAACUACUCAACUUCCUAAGUCACUUUCUGGAAGACCGCACGGAUGACGAGCAGUUCAUAGAUGAGAGAGAGUUUCUCAUCAAGCAGAUCCGAAACCUGCCUCCAACACCUAUCCCGCCCACCAGACAAAUGUCCCAAGGAGUCUAGAAGAGACAUACCCGUGUUGAGCCAUGCAGUCACUGAGGGGACAUGCCGGUCAAGAAGAUCAUGAUUAGAUAUUGGCCUCAGGGUGCGUGGACAGCCAGAAACGGCUUGCACAGAUGCAUGUAGUCAGGCGUUCGGAUCAAGGCCGCGAGUAGUCAUAAAUAUUGGCAAAUGCGCGAUGCUCAUUCCAUAAAAAUAUAUUAAUGCUUCAUCAUGACUUCAAACCAGUCA